AUGAAUCAAGCCUUGAAGGAUCCGGAAAUCGCCGAUUUACAUCGGAAAAACGCAGCUCAGAUGGAUCUGGGGUCAGGACAUACGCCCCACAGGGCCAUAGUGUAUGAGGACGGAAGGAACAUGAGAAAUUUCCUCGAUCUAGCGGAGAUAGAUUUAGCUGAACGAGGAGUAGAAACGAGACAGUGGGGAGACGAAUUGAAACGAUACCUGACGGGCGAGGCUUUAGGCUACUGGCUGUACUUGCGUCGUACGGGGGCAUCACUAACUGAUUGGGAUAAUGUACGGCAACAGUUUUGUGCCCGAUUCUGUAGCAUGACGAAGGAAAGGAUGAAGGAGAUGAUUGCAGAUAACGUGUGGCAAGGCGACCACAAAGAAUACACAGCUCGUUUUGCGGCCAUCGUAGCCCAAGGGAUAACAAUGGCACCAGAUCUGUUGGUGGGAUACUAUUUGGUCAACCUACCGGAAGACCUAUACCGAGAGAUAACUAGAAAUGGAAUGAGGAAAUUCGUGGACUGGCAGGAGGCAGCCACAGCACUGGCUACUACGGCGGCACUAUGGAGGGAUUCAUGCGAAGAGCGACUCAGACUCCAGAGGGAACUAGAGGACAUUAAGUGGGACAUGUGGGAAGGGUCUGCCCGCUCCGCAAUGGAGUGGUACGAAGGCCUGGGGAAAUGUGCUCCAGAUGUGGGGGACGGGAUCACUACGCUAGAGACUGUCGUACGCCGCCUCGACCUAGAACGGAGUUCGGCAGGGUACCCAGACAGCAGCAAACGCGGGCCCACACUGACCAAUCGGGACAUUUAA